UGAGGCGUCCUGUCUGGGGGAGGAUCUCUGCCAGGUUUGUAACAAGCAGCAACAGAGUGAGAGAUCGCGGAGCUGGAAGGAGGACCGAUCCUGGAAAUAUUUCUGGAAAAACGUUUGGAAAUAAGAUUUUCUGAUCGCUCCCAGCCGCCCCGGCUCUGGAUUUAUGUAUCUGGAUUGUUUGGAAGACAAUCCUGGAAUCAUUUGGGAAUAAAGACUAAAGAGAUCAAUAUAAAGACCGGCUGCCUUCAGACUACAUUUCCCAUGGGGCCGUUCUCAGUCCUGCUCUCUGUUGCAUCAUGGAGCCUCCAGUCAGGGUUUCGGACCUACAGAACCAGUGAGACCCAGCAGAACCUGAGGUGUUGAUUCUUCUGGACCCAGUUGUUCCCCUCCCCAACCUGCUGCUGCCGCCGACCCGCCGCCAGCCCGUCCUGCUGUGGGCCGAUCAGAACCAGCGUCUCUGGGAGCGAAGCUGCUGCUGUGUUGUUCUGGGCCCGGUUCUGGCUACAGGAUGGCGGUUCUGACCGGUCUGCUUGCUGCUCUCCUGCUAGCUCUCAGAACCCAUGCUGCAGGUCAGAACCCGGACCAUGUUCUGCUGGGGACCGGCGUGAACCCGGAGGCCCGGCGACCCGGAGAGGACUCCACCAUCGCCCCCGAGGAUCUGCCCCGCUUCCUCAGCUGCUACUGCUCCGGACACUGUCCUGACGACGCCAUCAACAACACCUGCCGAACCAACGGUCAGUGCUUCGCCAUCAUCGAGGAAGACGAUAACGGAGAGAUCCAGCUCGCCUCCGGCUGCAUGAAGUACGAAGGCUCCCACUUCCAGUGCAAGGACUCCCCCAACGCUCUGCCCAGGAGGACCAUCGAGUGCUGCAACACAGACUUCUGCAACGAGGACCUGAGGCCCACGCUGCCGCCACGGGUCUCCGCCGGUAGGUGGCUUGUCGGGUCGGGUCUGCAGAACCCGACCCGACCUCUGACCCACCUCUCUGUCUCUGCAGAGAGCAGCUCUCAUUGGCUGGCCUUCAUCAUCUCCAUGACGAUCUGCUGCUGCACCCUGAUCUGCCUCUCAAUCGUCUUCUACUACAGGUACAAGUGGCAGACGGAGCGGGAGCGUUACCCCAAAGACUUGGAGCAGGAAGUCUUCAUCCGAGGAGGAGAGUCACUCAAAGACCUGAUCCACCAGUCACAGAGCUCAGGCAGCGGCUCAGGGCUCCCCCUGCUGGUCCAGCGGACCAUCGCCAAGCAGAUCCAGAUGGUGCGUCAGAUCGGGAAGGGUCGCUACGGCGAGGUGUGGCUCGGCCGCUGGAGGGGAGAGAAAGUGGCCGUCAAGGUGUUCUUCACCCGGGAGGAGGCCAGCUGGUUCAGGGAGACGGAGAUCUACCAGACGGUCCUGAUGAGACACGAGAACAUCCUGGGCUUCAUCGCAGCGGACAUUAAAGGUUCUGGCGCCUUCACGCAGCUCUUCCUCAUCACAGACUACCAUGAGAGCGGCUCCCUGUACGACUUCCUGAAGGUCAACACGCUGGACGCCGCGGCGCUGCUGCGGCUGGCCUACUCUGCUGCCUGCGGCCUCUGCCACCUGCACACCGAGAUCUACGGCACGCAGGGCAAGCCGGCCAUCGCCCACCGGGACCUGAAGAGCAAGAACAUCCUGGUGAAGAAGAACGGCACCUGCUGCAUCGCCGACCUGGGCCUCGCCGUCAAGUUCAACAGCGACACCAGCGAGGUGGAUGUCCCUCUGAGCAGCCGGGUCGGAACCAGGCGCUACAUGGCCCCGGAGGUUCUGGACGACAGCCUCAACAAGAACCACUUCCAGGCCUACAUCAUGGCCGACAUGUACAGCUACGGCCUCGUCGUCUGGGAGAUGAGCAGACGCUGCGUCACCGGAGGUAUGGUGGAGGACUACCAGCUGCCAUAUUUCAACAUGGUGACCUCUGAACCCUCCUAUGAGGACAUGCUGGAGGUGGUUUGUGUUAAAGGCCUUCGGCCCUCAGUGUCCAACCGCUGGAACAGCGACGAGUGCCUUCGAGCCAUGCUGAAGCUGAUGUCAGAGUGUUGGGCCCACAACCCCGCCUCCCGCCUCACCAUCCUCAGAGUGAAGAAGACUCUGGCCAAGAUGGUGGAGUCCCAGGACAUGAAGAUCUGAAGCAGAUCCUCAUCUUCCUCCUCCUUCCUCUGCUGCCUCCAGAUUCACCCGACUCAUUCAACCUGGACCGGACCGGACCGGACCGGACCAGAGCGCUUCUCCCAGGCUGCCUCCUUCAUCUGCAGGAGGAAGAGGAGGAGAAACGGGGAGAUGGAAGGAGCUUCCUCAGAGCUGAACUGUGUCCCUCCUCCUCUUCCUCCUCCUAUUCAUCCAGAUGAGACAGCCGGCCUCCACGCUUUCUGUGAAAGCCAAACGAGACGGAAAGAUCCUGAACUGAGACCAGCUGAGCGGAGAGAAGCAGCCCAGUUUAGAUGUUGUUUGUUUCUCCUGCCAUCCAGGAAUUGAUCUUCAUCUCCCAGCAGCUUCUUUCUGGACCGAUUCAGAAAAAUCAAAGUUUAACGCUGAGCUUCGCCUGAGAGCUCUGGAGUCCAGGUCUGCCGUCCAGUUUCUCAGUCAGACACAUAGGGGCGGGGCUUCAGACGAAGCUCCACCCACUAUCUGAUCAACACAGGAAGUGACAGAGUUUGAGAACCAAUCAGAUCAAAGAAUCCUGCAGGUUUUCAUCACCAAGUCAGAAAUGAGUUGAACUUCAGAGGAACUGCUGCCUGGAGCCAUCUGCUCCCCUCUGAUGGAUGGAUGUUUGAUUUGUGAUGUGGUCACAUGACCUGCGUCCUCUCUGGGUCCUCCAGCCUCCAGUUUGACCACCACAGACCCUGGAGCUCCAGUGAAACCAUCAGGAAUGUUGGACCUUUCAUCCUGGUUCUGCUCCGUUUACCAGAUCAAAUCUCUAAACACUCCAGAAGGUUCUGAUCCCAGAACAGAAAUCUGUUUCUGCAGCCCUGCUAACGGUUUCCCUCCACUUCCAGUCUUUGUGCUAAGCUACGCUAACAGCUCCCUGAAGCUGAAAAUGUGGGACUGUCCCUUUAAGUGGAGCAGCAGGACGCUGCGGUUGCUGCAGCUCUGUGUAAAAAUAAAAGGCCAGAAUCGGAAGAAGCUCUCAUGUGGAAAUGUUUCCUGUUGUUCUGUUGUUGUUUGUUGCUGCAUGUGUUUAACAAGAAAAUGAAAAACUUCAGUCUGUCCAAGUCAGCAGUUUGGAAGUAAAGAAGCUGAAUUUAGUCCAGAAA